GCUACAGAGUACAGACCUUAGGAUUAUACUCCGCACUCCUAUAUUCAAUCUCUCUCCUUUAUCUCACUCUCCUCUCUUUCUCUCUCUCUCUCUCUCUCUCUCUCUCUCUCUCUGUAUGUGACUCUCUCAGUACUAGGGUCUAUAGGUUGCUACUGUUAGAAGACACUGUGGAAGCGGUAGGGGGAGUAGCUGGGACUUUGGCAUUGAUGCCUUCAUAAGGACUGGAGCUCGUUGUCUAGUGGAUCGCAACCUGGACUGGACUCAGCUCUGGGACUUGGUUGAGGAACUGUUGGGACUUGGUUGAGGGACUGUCGGGUCGUGGUGGAGGAACCGUUGGGACGUGGUUGAUGGACUGUUGGGACUUUAGCAAGUCUUCCAGGAAGAUUUGUAGACUCUUUUGGAGCAGAGAGUUAAGGAUCCGGUCCUGUCCUCAACUUGUCUCUCUGUGGGUCCAUGAGUGGAUAGCAGGUCUGUGUGAUUUGGUGUGUGUGUGAACAUUCUUGUGUGUGUGUGAGUGAGUGUGUGACUUGGUGUGUGUGUGAGUGUGUGUGUGACUUGUUGUGUGAGAGUUCCUGUGCGACUUGGUGUGUGUGAUUCGGUGUGUGUGACUUGGUGUGUGUGAGCUUUCCUCAGUGUGUGUGUGUGUGUGCGUGUGUGUGAGUUAGUGAGUGUGUGUGUGAUUUAGUGUGUGUGAGUGAGUGUGUGACUUGGUGUGUGUAAGUGUGUGUGUGAUUUGGUGUGUGUGAGCUUUCCUGAGUGUGUUUGUGUGUGUGCCUGUGUGUGCGUGUGCGUGUGUGUGAGUGAGUGUGUGAUUUAGUGUGUGUGAGCUUUCCUGAGUGUGUGUGUGUGUGUGCCUGUGUGUGCGUGUGUGUGAGUGAGUGUGUGAUUUAGUGUGUGUGAGUGAGUGUGUGACUUGGUGUGUGUGAGCGUUCCUGUGUGUGUGUGUGUGUGUGUGUGUGUGUGUGUGCGUGUGUGUGUGUGUGUGUGUGUGUGCUAGCUCAGCCAGGAUGAGUGUCCCCAUGUUAAAGAUAGGAGCGGUGCUGAGCACCAUGGCCAUGGUCACUAACUGGAUGUCCCAGACACUGCCCUCUCUAGUGGGGCUCAACGCCACCAGUCCUGACGGGAACCACCAGAGGAUCAUCAGCGCAUUGUAUCCGGGUCCAGAUGAAGGCUGGCAGGUAUACAGCUCGGCAUCGGACCCUGAUGGGAAGUGUGUGUGUACAGUGGUUGCUCCCGCUCAGAACCUCUGCAAACGAGACCCCCGCAGCCGUCAGCUACGCCUACUCACAGAACAGGUGCAGAACGUGAGUCAGUCUAUGGAGGUGAUGGAUCUGAGUACGUCUAGAGACCUGCAGUAUGUCAGAGAUACUGAACCACUACUGAGAGGAGUAGACGGACACAUACAUACCUACACCACCAACCCACGCAGACUCACUAAGAAGGGCCUGCAGGAGUUGAAGGGUCAGAUGUCUCAGCUGCGCCCCCUGUUGUCGGUGAUUGACCAGUACAGGUUAGACCUCCAGACCCUGGCCGUGCUCCGAGCGGAGGUCCUUAACCUGUCGAUCAUCCUGACAGCCAUUCAGGAGGAGGUGGGGGCCUACGACUAUGAAGAACUACAACAGAGAGUGCUACUGCUGGAGACUAGGCUGCACGCCUGUAUGAACAAACUGGGCUGUGGGCGAUUAACAGGGGUGAGCAUCCCUAUCACUGUUAGAGCGUCGGGCUCCCGCUUCGGAUGCUGGAUGACUGACGCCAUGAUACCCAGCUCCGACAGCAGGGUGUGGUCUAUGGAUGGUUACUAUAAGGGGAGGCGUGUAUUAGAGUACAGGACCAUGGGAGACUUCACUAGAGGACAGAAUUUUGUUCAGCACCUCUUACCUCACCCCUGGGCCGGGACAGGUCAUGUGGUCUACAACGGAUCACUGUACUACAACAAACACCAGAGCAACAUACUGGUGCAGUACCACUUCCGAUCCCGUAACGUGGUGCUCCAGAGGAGUCUGAGUGGAGCAGGUUACAACAACACCUUCCCCUACAGUUGGGGGGGGUCUUCUGACAUAGACCUGAUGGCUGAUGAGACCGGCUUCUGGGCAGUCUACACGUCCAUACCUAACGCUGGGAAUAUACUGGUCAGUCGAUUGGAUCCUCGUUCUCUCGACAUUCUCCAGAGUUGGGACACAGGGUUUCCUAAACGCAGUGCAGGGGAGACCUUCAUGAUCUGUGGUACCCUGUACGUCACCAACUCCCAUCUGGCUGGAGCUAAGGUCCACUUUGCUUAUCACACCAACUCCUCCAGCUAUGAGUACACAGACAUCCCCUUCCACAACCAGUACUCUCACAUCUCCAUGAUGGACUACAACCCCAGAGAGAGGGCCCUCUACACAUGGAACAAUGGACAUCAGGUCAUCUAUAACGUGACCCUGUUUCAUGUUAUACAGAGCGAAGGAUAGAGGAGGAGAGGAGGGGAGGAUGGAAAGGAGAGAGACUGACGGACUAUAUCUCUAUACAGAGAGAGGAGAAGUAGGAGGAGGAGGAGGAGGAGGAG